CAGAGUAACGGCUAGUGGGUUCUUUAGCAGGAAAAAGCGCCAACUUCUCCACCGCCGUCCGAUUAGUCAAAACGGUUCAAAAGACGGGACAUUUGGGAUAAUUUAUCACAUGUAAAAUCGGAAUGAAUCUUUUAGGUAAGAAUUAAAACGGUCAGCUCGCUAUUUUAAUUAAGACUGCUCGUUUGCUUGUAGAGGCAGCGUGCUGCCUGUUUACUCCUCCCACUUCUUCACAACACCUCAAUGCCGACCUAGUUUCGUUACUGUGUGUUGUGAAAAUAGCUGAAAACCUAUUUUAACUGCGUGCUAGUUUCAUGUUAGCAUUUCCCAAAUAGUACAAUACAACGGCUCCACACUAGUUGAGGAGGUGUGGUGUCGCCAUGCUUAAAUCGUUAAGUCAGCUGAAGCCAGCUGGUGUGUUUAUAAAAUUCUUUGUUUAGUCGGUAAUUGGGUGUAGUUUGUUGAACUAGAACAAACAACACUGCUAUUCUCAAGCCAAUUUGCUUAUAACUAGAACCCAAACUUGAGUGCGUAGGUUACGUUCGUUCGUGUGGAACUCUGAUGGCGCCCAUCGAAAUUGGAUGUUGCCGUUUUUAUUUUGGCCAGUAGGGUGCUGUUGCGUCUUGGUUGAAAAAUUAAAGGUACCUUAGAAAACAUGUCAAAUCUGCAAGGUGAGAGUGCUGGGCCGGCACAUGGGAGUCCGGUGAAAAAGAGUAGACUGUCUCUGAAGUUUUUCCAGAAGAAAGAAGCCAAGCGAGCUCUGGAUUUCUCUGAACCUCCUGCAGAGGAACCCAAAACAACCGAACCAGAGGGAAGCACCUGUGAACAGGUGGUCUAUGGUCCCUCUCCUUAUCAAGCAUCACCUGGUCUUCCAGCCUCAUGUGAGAAGAAAGAUAACUUGAUUCCUUUCGUGGGUCUCAAUAACCUGGGCAACACCUGCUAUUUAAAUAGUAUUUUACAGGUUCUGUAUUACUGCCCGGGGUUCAGAGAAGGCAUAAAGAAGCUGCACGACCUGUCUAAACAAAAAGACACACCAAAGGAAGAAACCCAGAAAAGUGAAGAGCCGCCAUCCCAACAGUCAGAUGGUGCUUCUGAGGCUCUGCCAUCUCACAUGGAGCUCCUGUGGAGCUUCAACAGUCUGAUAACUUCAGCUGAGCAGCUGCAGUCCAGCUACCUGCUAGCCCCUAAGGGCUUCAGUGGAGAAGAGCUGGCCACACCACCUUACAAAAUCCUUCACACGCUCCGGCAGCUGAACUCCAUGUACGAAGGCCAUCUCCAGCACGAUGCUCAGGAGGUUCUCCAGUGCAUCCUGGGAUACAUUCAGGAGGCGUGUCACACCAUCAGAAAGGAGCAAGAGUUGGAAAUCAAGGAUGUCGGAGAAGUUAAAACGGAGAACGGCACUGGGACGGAAUCGAAAGCAUCUGCAGAUGAAGACGGCCAGGUCAGCAGCAAGAGGAAGAGCGACACCGAAGUGGGGAACGUCAAGAAGAAGCCCAAGUCCAUCAAGUCUAAAAAGUCUGACUCUGCAGAGGUAAACGUCUCUAGACCCUUCACUCGCUCCAAGAGAAAAUCCUCCAGUGACAUCACAGUGGACAGCACCCAGACUGAAGACAAGGAGGAAGAGGAGAAGACUAAGAAAGUGAAUAAGGACGGAGGCAAAGAAGAAAAACUAUCUAAGGAGAUGGAUGGAAAAGGGAAAAAGAGGGCCAAGCUGAGCUGGCUGAGACCGUCGGGAAAACAGCCAAGUAUUUUCUCCAAGUUCUGCAGCGUCGGGAAGCUCAGCUCCACAACCGUGAAGAACCAGAACCAAACGGAGUCGAAAACAAAGCUGACAGACGAGAUGGAUGAUAAAACGGGCCAAGAGCCAUUGUCCCAGAACGCUAAUGAAGAGAAGAACAUGAAGGAACAUCAAGAUGUCUUGGGCUUGAUGGAGAGGUUGUUCCAGGGUCGCCUGGUUCUGAGGACUCGAUGUCUGGAGUGUGAGAGCUUUACAGAGCGGAGAGAAGACUUUCAGGACAUCAGUGUCCCCGUCCUCGAUGAGCAGCCCAGCAGCCCAGAGGAUCUCACAGAGAUCUCUCCGGACCCCAAACCGGAGGUGAAGACUCUGAAGUGGGCCAUGGCUCAGUUCGCCUCAGUGGAGCGCAUCGUCGGGGAGGACAAAUACUUUUGUGAGACGUGCUUCCAUUACACCGAGGCUGAGAGAAGUCUGCUGUUUGACAAAACACCUGACGUCAUCACCAUCCACCUGAAGCGCUUCUCUGCCAGCAGCUUAGAGUUGGACCCGUAUGCUGGCCUCUCUAAAGUCAACACCCCCCUGCAGACGCCGCUGACUCUGUCUCUGGAGGAGUGGUGCACAAAAACGUCAUCUGCCAGAGGGCAGCGGUAUCAGCUGUUUGCCGUGGUCAUGCACAGCGGCAUCACCAUUAGCUGUGGCCACUACACUACUUAUGUCCGCAUGUCCGACCUGAAAGAUGUAAAGCUCUGGCUGCAGGACAAAAAAGAACCAGAGGUGGAAACCGAUGAGAGAGAAAGGAAAAAGGGAGCACAGAAGGAGGACAAGCUAAACUACGACGAUGGAGAGGUGUCCGUCAGUCUAAAUGCUAGAGGACAGAGGCGUUCGGGUUUGGCUAGCGCUAAAGCAGCGAGCAAAAAGCCGUCGGAAGCUGGUGUUGGACUCUUGGGAGGACAGAGGAGUUUGUCUGGUUAUGAGCUGGAAAACGGCAAACACACAGAAAAAGCAGCCAGUCGUAGAGCAUCCGAAGGUUCAAAACGGCAAAAGACCAUAAACGGCUCCAGGCAGAACACCGACGGACUUCAAAAGGAGUCUGAGACGACUGAGGAGACCUCUACGGGGAUGAAGGCGACAGAGCAGCAAGCUUUGAACCAUCUUCUGGAGUACGAGGGGAAAUGGCUGCUGUUUGAUGACUCCGAGGUGCGUUUGUUCGAGGAAGAGGAUUUCCUGCGAGCCUGCUCCCCCGAGACGUGCUCCUCCUCCACACCUUACCUGCUGUUCUACAGGAGGAUGGCUGAACCUGGGAACUAAACCAACAGCUGGAGCUUUACCUGUGAAGCUUGGUGCCAAAUAUCAGAGACUAAGAUGAGGAUCCCUUCUGACCCUGAAGCUUCUACCAGCAACAGUGGGACCAAGACCCGUCUCAUCCUCUCACGCAGGGACUCCUUUCGUAACAAAACACAUUAGCACAGCUUUUUUCCCUCCUGUACGAUCAUAAAAGGAAGCUGAAGCCUUUUAUGGUUUUAUUAUCUAUAUUUUAAGCCUCUAUACUGUCUUAGGUCUUUACCUAGCGCUAAAAGCACAUUUCUACUAAUCUUUCAUAGAUCGGAUAAUUGUACAUCUAAUUUCAGGUUUUGUGCGGCCUAAACUUGUUCUGUAUUAUGUUUUUUUGCACCAUUGCUGCAUAUUUAAAGAAGUCUCUUCUUUUUGAGUGUUUUCUUGACUUGUGCAAAAGCCAUAACUCAGUAAUGUGCUGUUGGGAGUAGGAAAGCAGCCUCAGCAGCAGGUGUGUAAGAAAUAAUGAAAAAGGUUGGUCCGUCUAUACUUACUCCAAGAAAUGAUCAGGUUUUUACAAAUACAAACAGGAAACGUGGUUUAAUGUUGUACAAAAUACACAAAUGUGAAGCAUUUGAAUGGUUUUAAGCUAAAGGAUAGAUUUGCCUCUAAUUGUUGCCGUUUUUGGUUUUUAGACGGAUGAACUUUCCUCCACAGCUGUACAUAGAUGAUUACCAGACCAGAAACACCUAAAUGACUGCUAAAGGGAAAUAUUUCUUUUCACUGAAUAAAUGUGCUUUAAAACAACCAGUUAUUAAAGCUUAAAUGGUUCUCAGUGCUUUAUAUCCUAAGCACCAUUAUUUAGCUGAUUUACUGUUUUUGAGUUCAUAAUUACUCCACCUUGUUUUCCUGGAAAAUGGGGGACUAUUUUUAAUAAACAAUGUAAAGUGUCAGUAGACUACCCCUACCAGGCUGUAAGUUAUGAGCAAUAAAGUUUUUACCUUCA